UAAUUAAAUAUAUAUUUUACUGGUCAUUCUUCUACUUAAAACCUGAUUCUAUUUAAAUAAAAUGUUAUUAAAUUAUUACGUGUGCACAUUAUUUACUUUAAUAUUUUUAGCUUUUUCGAAUGCAUCUAAAGAAACGUUAGUACUGUUGAACAAUUUAGUGAUCAAAGAAACACAUUCGAUACUUUUUAAAACUCUUAAAGAUAGAGGAUAUCAAUUAACAUUUAAAUCAGCUGACGAUCCUUCUUUAGUGCUUUCUAAGUAUGGAAAAUACUUUUAUGAAAAUUUGAUAAUAUUUGCCCCAAAUGUUCAAGAAUUUGGUGGAUCAUUGGGAGUAGAUACCAUUACUGAAUUUAUAGAUAAUGGAGGCAAUGUGUUAUUUACUGGUGGUGCUUCAACUGGAUCUGCUCUCAGAGAACUAGCUGCAGAAUGUGGUUUUGAAGUAACAGAAGAAAACUCACUAUUAAUAGAUCAUUUAAAUUAUGAUGCCAGCGAUCCUGGAAAACAUACUAGAGUGGUUGUAAGUUCAUCAAAUUUGAUUAAGUCUGAAGAAAUUGUAGGGAAACCCAAUAAUAAGGAUUUAUUGUACGAAGGUACUACCAUUAUUGCUGAUCCACAAAAUCUUCUUGUAUUACCAAUUUUACAUGCUGAAGAUACUGCAUAUUCCUACAAACCAGAUGUUGCUGUUAAAGAUUAUUCACUUGGAACUGGUAAAGAUCUCUUGCUCAUAGCAGCUCUUCAAGCAAGAAACAAUGCUAGAGUCGUUUUUUCUGGUUCAUUAUAUUUCUUUUCAGAUUCUGCAUUUAAAUCUUCUAUACAAAGAAUAACUGAUGGAAAAACCCAUGAUAUCUCAGGAAAUCAGGAAGCAGCUAUUAAUAUUGCAUUAUGGACUUUAAAGGAUAGAGGUGUAAUAAGAGUGAAAUCUGUUUCUCAUCAUAAACUUGGAGAAACAUCUCCUCCACCUUCUUAUACUAUAAUGGAUAUGGCUGUUUAUUUGCUUGAAUUGGAACGUUGGGAGAAUGGAAAUUGGAUUCCACAUAAUGCCAAUGAUGUACAAGUAGAAUUUGUUCGCAUAGAUCCAUUUUGGCGUGGUAACUUAAAAAAUAUUGGUUCUGGCAAAUAUGAGUUUACUUUUAAAAUCCCAGACACAUAUGGAGUGUAUCAAUUCAAAGUGGACUAUAAUAGGAUUGGAUUCACUUCUCUUAGAAGCUCUACGAUGGUUUCUGUGAUACCAUUAGAACACACUCAGUAUGAAAGAUUUAUAUUAAGUGCUUAUCCAUAUUAUGCAAGCGCUUUCUCAAUGAUGUUUGGGGUAUUUGUGUUCAGCUUUGUGUUUCUACAUUAUAGAGAUGAUAGUGAUAAAGUUAAGGGAGAAUAAUUCAGACUGUUAAAAAUGGUGGUAAAAUAUAUGUAAAUUUUUAAUUGUGUUUUUAAAAAUAUGUUUGUACAAAUAUGUUUAUUAAAAAUAAAUAAGUCCGCCCACUGAAUAAUACUUUACCAUGA